CUGACAUGGAAGUUGAAGUUGACGUCAGCAGGUCAGCUGACGAAAUGGUACGUGAGGCUUUCCAAGAUGGCGGCGUCCUUGUGUCGGUGUUAUGGGAUGUUUCUCAGAAACGGUCUGAUCCUGCCCCCCAGCUCAUACAUUUCAGCAUUCCAUAAAGCAGAUGGCCAAAGGAUAUAUAGAGCCAGUGCUGUUGCCUUACAGCUGCGUUCUGCAUCCAGUCGUGGGAAUCCGCGAAAAGGUUUCUUAGGGGAGUUUGUGGACUCCCUGAAGCAAGAACUUAGCAAGAACAACGAGAUGAAGGAGAAUAUAAAGAAAUUCCGUGAAGAGGCCAAAAAGUUGGAGGAGUCGGAUGCUCUACAACAGGCUCGAAAGAAAUAUAAAUCUAUUGAGUCUGAAACUGUGAAAACAUCUGAAGUGCUGAAAAAGACACUGGGGUCAUUCUCUGAAACUGUAAAAGGGAGCUUGGAGGAGGUCAGCCGCACCGACCUGGGCAAGAAGAUAAAGGAGGGUGUGGAAGAGGCAGCCAAGUCUGUGAAGCACUCUGCUGAGUCUGUGUCUAAGAGUGGAGAGAUGCUGGGGAAGACCAGUGCCUUCAGAGCUAUCUCCCAGGGUAUGGAAACGGUGAGGAAGGAGAUCGAUGAUCCUUACAGCGGUCCUUACCGGCCCCCCUCAAGAUUGCGGAAGAGGAGUGAGUUCUCAUUCAAAGGGGCAGAAAAUGAGAGUAGGGUGUUUGACGCUAAUGAAGAGGCAAUGGGUGUUGUCCUGCAUAAGGACUCUAAAUGGUUCCAGCAGUGGAAGGAAUUCAAAGACAACAACAUGGUCUUUAACAGGUUCUUUGAGAUGAAGAUGAAGUAUGAUGAAAGUGAUAACGCCUUAAUCCGAGCAACUCGUGUUGUUACGGACAAAGUCACCGAUUUGAUUGGUGGCCUUUUCUCUAAGACGGAGAUGUCUGAGGUGCUGACUGAGAUCCUGAAGGCUGAUCCCAGCUUUGAUAAGGACUCAUUCCUCCGUCAAUGUGAGCGUGACAUCAUCCCCAAUAUUCUGGAGGCCAUAAUACGUGGUGAGCUGGAGGUUUUGAAAGACUGGUGUUAUGAAGCUACGUAUAGCCAGCUAGCACAUCCCAUCAAGCAGGCUAUUACCAUGGGAUUGCAGUUCCAAUCUAAAAUCCUGGACAUUGACAACAUUGAUCUGGCUAUGGGUAAAAUCAUGGACCAGGGUCCUGUGCUUAUCAUCACCUUCCAGGCACAGGUUGUCAUGGUGAUCCGCAGCUCUAAAGGGGAAGUUGUGGAGGGAGACCCGGAGAAGGUCCUGAGGAUGAUGUAUGUUUGGGCGCUGUGUCGCGACCAGGAAGAGCUGAACCCUCAGGCUGCCUGGAGACUGCUGGACAUGUCCGCCUCCAGCACUGAGCAGGUGCUCUGAGGAGCGAAGCUUGGAAGGGAGGACAGGCCAGAGAUCACACACACACACACAAACACAACACACUCUCUGAAUACACAUUAUCCCAUCCAUUUAAUAACACACCUGUAUGCUCAUUCUAGGCAGGGAUCGAGUGUGUUUGUGUUGUCCAGGCAUCAAGUGGAGGGUGUUUGAUAUCAAGAAAGCCAAACGGUGUGCUACAUGGAAUUCCAUCUUUUAAAGAUAACAGCUCCCCUGAGUUACAUCCCUUAGCAGCUGUUGUUACCAUGAUCGUAGCUCUCAAAUUCAAUUCAGCUGAGAGGAGAUCAAAUGCCACGUUGGACUUUUUCUCUUCAAGAUCUUCAGGGCUCAGUAUCUGUAGUGUUUCCUUCUCCUGAUGUAGUUGUUCUAUUUGUUGUUGCAACCAGAAUGCUAAAAAAAGAUAACAGCUCCCAGAUUUUCCACCACUUAGCAGCUGAUGGUGUUUACCAACAUUUUGUUUGAAGUUGUAUUCGAUGAGGGUUUCAUCAAUGCAUCGUGUUUUUGAAGCUGUUUUUGAAAGUCUAGAAAAGGGAAUGUUGCUAAAACAAAUCUAACCGUCCACUUUGCUGUUAGCUUAUUUAAAUGAAAUGCACUGGGUGUGCCAAAUAUAUAGUCAUUUUUGACUAUGAUUUGUGAAGCCCUGUGCAAAUGUGUUCAUCAGCGUGAUGAAGAGGACCAAAGGAGGUGUGCAAACAUAGUUGAAACAUAACAUAGCUGUUUUGUGACUUAUUUAACUGUUUACAUUGGACUGUGAAAUAGGAACCAUCGCAGUAUCUGAGCUAUAAUGUUUUCUGAGUUCAUAGGAUAUUUCCUAUGAGGAAGCCUCUGUUAAAGUCUAUAUCAUACUUGCCUUUUUUUUCAACGUCAGACCUCGAUAUGGUGUCAAGAAAUUGUAUUCCAUUUUUUAUUUCUUUUUGCCUUUUUCAUCAGCAGCCAUUACAGAGUUUCUGAAAGAGCAAGGACUCCUUGUGUUGCACUUACACUGUAGCUGAUUUUGGUAUGCAACGGUUUCUGUUGUCUAAUGACUGAUGUGGCAUGAUGCUCCUACAGUGGUCAUGCCAUAAGGACCAUGAUUUUAUUCUGUUAAAGUCUGUGCAAAGUUUUGUGGCAGAAAAACUCUGUUUAUUCUAAGCCACUGUUAAGUAGUCAAGUGGUUUCUUCCCAUGCAGGAUAUGACCAGUUAACUAUUCAAGAUGACUGUCUAAAGACUUAUAUUUUUUUCUUUAUCCUGAAAAGAGUUAUCAUAUGAUUUUCUGAGGGUCCACACCAAUUCAUUUUCAGUUCAAUGAGGAUCUCCCACAUGUAAUGAAUUAUAGACACUAGACUAUUUAUGAGGGAGAGAAAGAGAAAGAUUUAGGUUGGUAUAUUGAAGGUACUAUGUAUGACUGUCUAGAUAUUUAAUGCUGAAUUUUGUAAUAAAAUUGUCAAUGUCAAAAUGUA